AUGUGGAUUCUCCACGGCAACGUAACUGAACGCGGAGACAUCGGCGGGGGUCCUGGGAAGAGUUCUCUUUUCUUCUUGACAGCCUAUCACCCUGAAAUCGGUUUGUCCGGAGCUAGGGUUCCACGGCUGGCAGAGCCCUGCACCUUUGCAGGGUCCGGUGCGCCCCCGACGAUCCUUGAAAAUCCGCGGGAAGGAAUAGUUUUCACGCCAGGUCGUACUCAUAACCGCAGCAGGUCUCCAAGGAUUGGCUCUAAGGGUCGGGCUCGCUGGGCCUUGGGGAAACCUCUCGGAGCAGGGGGCACUAGCCGGGCAACCGGCCGGCGCCCCCAGCACCGGGGUGGGGACGCCCUUGGCAGGCUUCGGCCGUCCGGCGGGCGCUUAACGACCAACUUAGAACUGGUACGGACAAGGGGAAUCUGA